GGACUUUCUCCAGACACGCAAUUGAUCAUUCAACGCCAUGGCGACCGCCAGGUUAUCGCCAACGGCGAAUCUGCUACGGAAAUCCCGUCUUUUUGCACUCCCUUCAGCUUUAUCAAAACCCCAAGAACCUCCAACCUCGAGGACCGUCUUCGAAUCCGACAGCGCAACCCUUCCUCAUCCCGUCCGAGCAUCAAUUGUCACGCCAUCUUCAUCGCUAGCAAGAGGUGACUGGGGUCUGAAGCGGCCACUCCCUGCGAAGUCAACAUCGGAGAAGUCGUCCCGGCCCAUUGUUAGAGUGAACGCACUCGAUACCUUCGAACAUGUUACCGAUUUCGAGUCCGCAGCGGACCACACGGUGACCUUGGAGAAGUUCCAGGAGCUGCACAUGCCCAUGUCUCUGCCUUCCAAGGUCAACUACGCGACUAGCAUUAUGCCUAGACACCAAAGUCCCUUCGAACCUAAUGUCGACAACACAGACAAGAGCAAGGGUCUUGGGGAGCCUGGUGCCAAACAAUUCAGACAUGCUGGCCCUUGGCUCGCUGGACAAACAGAGGCAGAAUUCCACGCCUACUUGGACCAAGUGCGUGACCAGAAGCCCGAGCUUCUGAAGAAGCUCCGCGAACGUUACACUGCGAAGCGCACUGCCGAGCGGAGGAAGCAGGCUCAGGAUAACGGAGAAGACCUGAAGGCUCUUGGCCCCAUCCAGGUGAGCGAGAAGGAAUUCCAAGCAUACCUCAAGACGCUGCGAGCAGACCCAUUCUCUCUCGGUCCGGUGGUCUUUGAGCUACUCGAUCUUCCGUCGCCCCCAGCUGUGCCCAGCGACAGAAUUGGACAGAAAUACUACCAAUCCCCCGGAACCAAGUUGUCAUCGGCGGAAUACGCGGUCUCCGGCCCCCCGAAAACGCAUCCUUCUGCCGGUUUGUCGUACACACGCUCACACGCCCUCAUUUACAACCACCCGAGUCACGGCCCUCAGGCUUACCAGCGCCCAGUUGAGGCGCGUAUUCUACGACCGAAGGGUAGAUUUAAGGGCCGGACCUCCAAGGCUAUUGCCGGUGUUGGUGGUAUUGCGGUUGAAGAUUUGAACGCCAUGACUUUCGUCGAGCAGGGCUCUCCUCCUGGCCUGGCGUACUUUGAUGCAUCCAUCCCCGGUGGUGCUAAGUACUGGGUUACUCCUAUCCGAGCCUCGGUCGACUCGGAGGGUAGAAUAGGCCUGGCGUCUUACAGGGCCAGCGCGACUGCCAAGGCUCCUUAUGGCCUUGAAGAUUACAAGAAGCCUAGCCUUACAAGCAUCUCUGAUGCUGCUCGUGGCGACCAGCGGUUUGUUCCGAGAUUGGACGGGCGUUCUCCAGACUCAGCCUCUAAAAGGCAGCACGAGACUGAAGAUAUUGCCAGAACCCUCAUGAGAACACUCAGAUCCUCGUGAAAGUAUUUGAAAUAAAUCAAUACUUUAAUUCUUCGGGCCAUGAGCUGCAGAGGUGGCUGUACGAUUAGACUGGAUGGUGGAUGUAAAGUUACUCCUAUUCUCUUUUGAUAUUGUCAUAUAAACCGGAAGCACCAUAUUUAUUGUUAUUCAAACAUAGGAGUUUAUCAGCGA